UGCGUCCUUUUGCUCCUCAUAGCAGGGAGAGUUCUACAUUCUCGCCUCGAUUGAGUUCUCGACAUAAUGGGUACCUCUUCAUCUCGACAGGAUUCGGAGAUGUUUACACAACCAAAUACAUCUUCCAACCUUCCCCCCUUGUUACUCUUACUCCCACGGCUUGCAGUGACCCCGCAUUUUUCGACUGAUUUUUAAUCAGUCCAUGGAAUCAAUCUUUGAUCAGCCAACGAAACAAAUGUAUUCUACCCAACACAUUAAACGGCCGCUUCCAACAUUCCAGGAACAACAGCCAGGUCGAACUCGGCAAUCCGCGUCAAGCUCCAACAAUAUUAGCGUGCCCCCCCCCCUUCCAGUGGGGCGUGGGAUACGCCUCAGAUGACGUCCGCUGAUUUGCUCCGACGCAAACCUCUCCCACUCUGCGUCAAGGAUGGAGCUGCCACACUCCUC